UAAACACAUCUAUCUCUAAGAGGAAACACAAGCGCCUCUGGUUUUCUCUAGCUGAGAAUAAUAAGCUUCUGAUAUAUAUUAAUCUAUUUCUCUAGUUCUCUACCCCAUUUCGAUCUGUUAUCUCGGGAAGGAUUUGAUCUGUUACGUAUACAAUCGUUCUUUCUCGGGGAAGAUGAUGUACGAGCAACAGCAGCAACAACAGCAGCCGCAGCAAGUGAGGAUGGAUGUGAGGAAGAAGGCAGGUCAUGUGAGGAGGAGAUCGAUAACGGAAGAAGAGAGGCUUGAGAUUGUGGAUUUGAGUGGUAUGUCUCUUGAUGCCUUGCCUAAUCCCUCUCUCAAUCUGGGGACUAUUUGCAAGCUUGAUCUUUCCAACAACAAUCUCCAGAACAUACCAGAAUCUUUGACAGCGAGGUUACUAAACGUGGUGGUGUUUGACGUGCACUCAAAUCAACUGAAAUCCCUUCCAAACUCAAUUGGGUGUUUGUCAAAGUUGAAGAUUCUCAAUGUUUCAGGAAAUCUGAUUGAAUCUCUUCCCAAACCUAUUGAGAAUUGCAGGGCACUGGAAGAGUUGAAUGCCAACUUCAACAAGCUCAGCGUGCUCCCAGACACCAUUGGAUUCGAAAUCAUCAACCUCAAGAAGCUAUCAGUGAACUCAAACAAACUUGUCUUCUUGCCACGCUCUCUCACUCACCUGACCAAUCUGCGGGUGUUAGAUGCUCGCCUCAACUGCCUCAGGUCUCUUCCAGAAGACAUGGAGAACCUCAUUAACCUGGAAGUUCUCAACGUCAGCCAAAACUUCCAGUACCUGGAAACCCUACCCUAUUCCAUUGGCCUCCUCAUGUCCCUUGUCGAACUGGACGUCAGCUACAACAAGAUCUCUGCUCUCCCUGAUUCCCUCGGAUGCCUCAAGAAGCUCCAGAAGCUCAUCGUCGAGGGGAACCCUAUGGUCUCGCCUCCGGCUGAGGUCUUCGAGCAAGGAUUGCAAGCUGUGAAGGAGUAUCUGAGUGAGAAAAUGAAUGGUGGACACAAGAGUCCAACCAAGAAGAAAUCUUGGGUUGGGAAGCUGGUGAAGUAUGGCACCUUCAACGGGGCUAACAGAAGUGUCUCACGAGAUGAGAAAGAUGGGUACAUCAUGCCUGAAUAUCGCUCCAUCGACGGCCUGGCUUCGCCGAGGUAUAUGGGAAUGUUCUCUCCCCGCCGUCUCUUCUCGCCUCGUCACUACUUCAGUCGGUGAGGGGAAGUAUCGUCCUCAACAUAGUGUUUAAUUAAGAAAAAAAAUCAUGAACAUAAGUCAUCUUCUUUUUCUUUUUAUAUGGUCAAGCAUGAAACGUGGGUCACUGACUCAUGAGGAUGAGGUUUUCGAUUGUGUGUUUUUGGUGAUUGUGUUGCUAAGACGGUCGUGUACGUACCAUGUAGGAUAUCGGGGUUAUUGUGUUUAGUAGGUUGUUGUGUAUA